AGCGCGGCGGAGGGGGCGGCGGGGAGCGGCGGGGAGCCGCUGUGCGCCCGCAUCCCGCGUCCCGCAGCGCAUGCCCGGCCGCGCGGGGUAGCGGCGGCGGGAGCGCCGUCCAUGCGGGGCGAGAAGCGCAGCGGGGCCGCGGCAGCAUGAGCCACAGCGACGUGUCGCCGUGCGCGGCGCCGCCCAGCCAGCGCGUCUUCCAGGAGGCCGUUCGGCGCGGCAACACCAAGGAGCUGCAGUCGCUGCUGCAGAACAUGACGAACUGCGAGUUCAACGUGAACUCCUUCGGGCCGGAGGGGCAGACGGCGCUGCACCAGUCCGUCAUCGACGGCAACCUGGAGCUCGUCAAGCUGCUCGUCAAGUUCGGCGCCGACAUCCGCCUGGCCAACCGCGACGGCUGGAGCGCGCUGCACAUCGCCGCCUUCGGGGGCCACCAGGACAUCGUGCUCUACCUGAUCACCAAGGCCAAAUACUCCGCCGGCGCGCGGUGAUGCGGGGCCGCCCCCACCCUGCGACCCCCCCCCCCCCCCCCCGGACGCGUGGAAGCCGCUCGGACCGCGCGCUCCGUGGUUCCGCCGAGACGCCCCCGCCGCUCCCCCGCUGCCGAGUCCGUUGUUUGGUCCGGUUUGGUUUUUCCUUCCGAGGGUUGUUUUCCUACUGUAAUUUUUUUUUUCCAUCUACCUCGGCUGCACUCACAGUAUUCACGGUUUCAGUUUGGCGUCUGCUCAGAUGCUUUAAAACUCUCCCAGCUCCCGAUGGUAUUUAAUCCUCCCCCCGACCCCUCGCCCGUCCCUGGGUUUUAAAGCACUCUGCCGCAGAACGAGUUCAUUUCAACACUCCCGCCCCCUCCCCGUCCCCCCGGGGCUGCGCUGUGCCCGGUGCAGGUGCCCCGGCCCGGCGGCUGCUCCCUCCUGCUCGGUUCGUGGGUUGAUUUUGGUCACUCCGUUGGAUAUGGUGCACGUGCGCUGCCUGCCUCCUUUUUGGUUUGUUUUUUCCCUGCCCUUUUUCCGUUGGGUUUUUUGUUCGUUUCUUUGGGGGUGUCUGAAGAAAGCUGCAUCCUCAGCCGCUCCUUGAAUCCAUUUAGCACAAGUGAGACCACAGGAAAAGACACUGAAUCCUUCCUCCCGGCGUCGUGUGUGUGUGAGAGGGGAGGGGGGGGUCAGCAAAUCCGGAACGUAUUUUUUAAUUAAAAAAUAUAUAUUAAAAAGGAAAAAAAAAAGAAAUAGGUGAACUGAACUGUAGGAGGCAGAGGAUUUGCUUUGCACAGAGGAGGGCCGUGAGCGCUCUCUGCUGCCUCGAGAGGUGCCUGAAAACUACUGAGCAAUAGUUGGGGAACUUUGGUUUCGUCCCUUUGGUGAAACUUGGAUCACGCUUCUCAGUGCGGGACGAUCCCUUUGUGCGUAGAGCCCGCCCGCCUUUAGACGGUGUGUAUAUAUAUAAAUAUAUAUAUGUGCCCGAACCGAGAUAUAUAUAUUUAUAAAGGAAAGGGAGGGGGAGGAGCGAGCCGCCCCGAUCGCGUUGUGAAGUGACUGCACGUAGAAUGGCAAAAUGCUGCUUUUAUUGCUAUGGCACAAAAGCGUCCAUUGGAAAAUGCGGAACGUUUCAGAGCCCCCCCGUCCCUCUGCUGUCCGUCUGCACUAAAACGACCACUGCCGCCCCCGACCGUAACGAUUAACGAGGAAAAAAAGGAAAAAGGAAAAAAAAAAAAAAAAAGCAACUAGUUACCUGCUGGUUUUGGGGCCGUGUUGAAACUAUUUAUGUUGUCUGUGUGUCUGUGGGUGACGUUUGUGCCCCUGCUCCUGUUGGAUGCUGGCCGUGAGCCGUUCAGAUCUGGGGGAAACACGCUUCUUUUCCCCCUUUUUAUCCCCCCAGUUUUACCAUGAUCCCAGCUCGUUUCUGCCGCUGUUUUUCCCGUUGCACUGAGCGUUCUGUUCUGCUUGGCCUCGCGGUUCCACCUGCAGACCGUGUGGUUGGAGGCGCAGCGCUGCAGACCCGGCGGGAGGCGGAGGAGCACCGACAUCCUGCGGCUCUGCCGGCUCCGCUCCCCGGGGUGGGAACAGCUCCUUCCCCGUGAGGUUGUUGUCGUUACCGGAUGGUUGCACAUCUUCUUUUAUCUUCUUUUAUCUUCUUUUAUCUUUUUUUCUUUUUCUUUUUUUUUUUUUUUCCUCAAUGGAUUUGCCACGGUGGAAAUGUCAUAACAUUUAUGGCAUGGUAUUAAAGGAGGAAAGUGUACUUUAAAGCCAAGUUCUAGAUGGAUUUUUAAAAAGAAAUCUUGGUUAUAAACCCGGUCUAAAGGGAGCUCUGUCCAGUGUUGUAAAGACAACGUGAUGUAACCCAUAUUUAUAUUUUUAUAAAAUGCCUAUUGAGACUGUGAA